UACAAACAAACAUGGCGAUGAUGUUGUACGUUUAACGGGACUUUUGUCGGCUGUCUUCGAGUUAGGGUAGAUUUAGUAAUUAUUUCCUCACGCUGAAAAGUUUCAUCGCCAACUCUCAUGCGUACGGUACAGCGCAGAGUUUCCUUUUCUUGAUAAAUGGUGUCGGCAGAUCGCUUUUCGAUUUAAAAUCCAGGUCAGAAGGUGGUGUAUCGGACAGGCGAGACGGAUCAGAUGAAGCCAUCUGUGUUUUCAUCGCCGUGACCUCGUUUCUCGCAGGACCGAAGGCAGAGGAGGACAUAACCAAGAUGUCCGUCAAGCUACAGAACAUGUCGGACCGUCUGAGCGCCGUGCAGAUCCACGGGCACGCCAUCGCCGUGCCGGACGGGCGGCAGCACUCCCCCUUGCCGCGGGCCCGGUCCAAGUCGCCGGCGGUGCACGGGAGCCGGAGGGUCGCCCUGACCCCCAUCUCCAUCCCGCCGCGGACACGCACCCCCAGCCCCCGGGCCCGCACCCACAGGACGCCCAGCCCCCGCCCGCUGUCCGCCACGGGCUCCAGACCGGCCUCCGCGGGGCAGGUGGACGGAGGGGACCCGGUCGGCAGGGCGGCCACCCUGUACCCCACCUCCAUGUUCAGUUUCGAGACGUUCAGACGGAGAGACAGUGGGGACACCUUCAGGAGGAUAGUGGUGGAGGAAAGUAGCAGAUCUAAAGAGAAGCGUCCGGUAUCCAGUAUGAGCACAGCGGACUCCGAGAAGACAGAGUCGGGCUCAGACGCGGACGUGGACGCAGAAGGCAGGAAGCGGAAGGGGAAGCCGGGGAUUGUACGGAGGCGACGGUUACCGACGGCGCUCGUGAUAACGCUGGACACGACACGAGCGCGGAGUCAGCUAGACGUGAUACGGCUGGCACUGAAGCAGCUGGGCAGGGGAUGGAGGGAGUACCCACACGGGAGGAAGGCAGGUUCAGACAUGUACUGGUCGGUUCCAGCCUUCAACGAUUACGAUGACUUUCCUUCAGGUGUCAUCAACAAACUUCCAGGUAUGAAGGACAUGUCCAACAAGGCUAACCUGUCCCAGGCGCUGGACAGGAUGCACCAGCUCUUCCCAGAGGCCUUCGACUUCUUCCCGACCACCUGGCGGCUUCCAGAGGAGUUCCACCAGUUCUGCGCGGAGGUCCGCGUCCUGAAGGAGCGGCGCGGCAAGCGGUACAAGCCGACGUUCAUCGUGAAGCCAGACGAGGGAACGCAGGGCGGCGGGAUCUACCUCCUCCAGGACCCGCACGACGUGAAGUCCAUCGGCAUGGUCCGGCCGGCCGUGGUCCAGGAGUACCUCACCAACCCGUAUCUCAUCGAUGGCUACAAGUUUGACCUCAGGAUUUACGUGCUGCUAGCAAACAUCGAGCCUCUCGAAAUUUACAUUGGACGUGAGGGCAUGGCGAGGUUCUGUACCGUCCCGUACCAGUCCCCCUCGCGUAUGAACCUCCACGAGUCCUACAUGCACUUAACAAACUACUCUCUCAACAAGUACAGUGAUGGUUUUAUCCACUCCGAGGAUGGGGAUAUAGGUAGUAAGAGGACGUUGAGUAGCGUGUUGCAGAGACUGAAGCGCAGAGGCAAGGAUGUGGACAAACUGUGGAAGGAUAUUGAAGACAUUGUCUUGAAGACGAUUAUAGCCAUCUUACCUGAGAUCAAGACAUUCCACCAUGUUAUGUUGCCACCAGGGAAGAGUCAAGGAAGACCAAAGUGUUACCAACUGCUGGGCUUUGACAUCCUGCUGACCUCUGACCUGAAGCCGAUCCUGCUGGAGGUGAACUCUAACCCCAGCCUGAAGAUCGACGCUGAGCGGGAGGUGUCGCCGGGGGUGAUGGAGGCCAUCCCCAGCCCCGUGGACGAGGAGAUCAAAGUGCCACUGGUCCGGGACGUCCUCAAGGUCAUGAAGCCGCAGAAGAAGAAACCCGUCCCCAAGUCUCCUUCCAAAGUCCUUGACAACCUGACAGAUGAGAAGAAGGGAGACGGGGACGACAACUCCACAGACGAGAACAGGAACCUGUCGGAGGACUCUGCGGGCUCCUCAGACUCCAACGCCAACCUGCUGAAGGAGCUGGACCAGACACGGGAGCGGGAGAAGCUGGUUCUCCUGGAGCUGUACCCUCGGCUGGAGAAACAGUACGAACACUUCCGGCUGGUGGAGAGGGUCGCCGCCCUGUUCUGUCAGUUUGUGGGGAUCCGGGGGACAACCAGGAUGGGACCGACGGGGUUCAGGACAUUCACAAGGACUUGCAAGCUGCACAGCAAUGGUCUGACGACGGCCGCCAUCGACAUCCUGUACAUCGACAUGGCGCGGCGCUGGGCGCACGCAAUCCCCGACCGCACCGCCGGCCUGUGCUUUCAGGGAUUCAUCGACGCCUUCUUCUACAUCGCCCGCCGGAAGUUCUACAACCGCUGCGAGCAGUUUGCAGAGAUGGUGGCCGCUCUGAUCGACCACUGUGAGGGGAACCUGGAGGAGAGAGGAACACUGUUCAGGGCCGGUGUGUUCGCCUCACCGCUGUAAAACAUGCCGGGACCUGUGGUGUUAUAAGGAGGGACUUAGAGGUUAUAAAUGGAGCUGAAAAUCGGAUUCAGCAGUUUUCUUUUAGACAACCAAGAUAGUUUACCUUGCUGACGUUUCAGUGUCUAUCAGACACCUUCCUCAGAGCUUCUGACCAAAAGCUUUGAGACA